AUGAUCCCUCUGGACUCUGAUAUUAUGUCCAUGUACCCUGAGGACGACAUUCUGCCAGGGCUGUCAGAUUGCAUGAUCGAAGACCAGGAACUUGAUGCACACACCAUUUUUGAGGAAGAAACUGCUGGAUUCUCUGCUCAUCCAGCCGAGUUGAUGCAUGAUGAUCCUGAUCUAGGGGAAAUCUCUGGCACGUCAUCUGAACAAUUCGUGAUGUUGGAAAAGAUGGGUGUCUUGGAUCCUGAGAGUGACAAGAUUAAUGGGCAUACAUUCACUGCUGCUGCCCUCCGGAAUCUAUACUCAGGAUCCAGCUCUCAACCAGAUCUUGUUAUUUGUUGGGGGUCGCAAGCUAUCACAGAGUAUCACAAUCCAGGAGCCCCUUCAGUGACAAACUCCGUAUUAUACGGGUCACCUGACCUACAUAAUAUCCCAUAUGAGACGGGCCAGCGGACUACGGGCCGAUGUUAUGUAUAUCCUCAAUGUUGA